AUGGUGAAUAGAAACCAAAAUGCUGAUGAUAUCAUACGUCAGGUUCGACAUGACGAUGUGGCAGCAGAUAAUAACCUAGGAGCUAUAGUCGAAAGAAUCAUGGUUCCAAACGGGGUAAAUUUUGGUCUCAGAAGGCCAAAUUAUACGUCGCCUUUAGCAGAGUAUAUCUUACAAGCAGAAGCACCCCUCAGGACCAAAAUCCCCAAAUUCACCAAGUCUGCUGGGGACACUACUGAGUGUACUGUUGAGCACGUGGCGAGAUAUUUAAUCGAUGCUAGAGAUAUGUCAAAUAACGAGAGCCUUAGGAUGAAUUUUUUUCCAAGUUCUCUCACAAAUAAUGCUUUCACAUGGUUCACAACCUUGCCCCAAAAUUCGAUCCACACUUGGAACCAACUGGAAAGAAUGUUCCAUGAGCAGUUUUACAUGGGGCAAACGAAGAUAAGUUUGAAGGAGUUGGCUAGUGUCAAACGAACGUUCACUGAGCCAAUUGAUGACUAUCUGAAUAGAUUUCGACUACUCAAAGUUAGGUGUUUUACGCAAAUACCAAAGCAUGAAUUGGUUGAAAUGGCCGUUGGGGGCCUUGACUAUUUGAUUAGAAAGAAAUUAGAUACUCAGAAUGAUGACGAAGGUUCAUGUCAUGAAAUUUCAGACUUCAACGACAAUGAGAUCGACCUUGUUGAAUUGACACAAGAGCCACCAUAUGCGUGCAAAGUUUUAGCCCCUUCGAACGGGAAAAAUCCUGUCGAACCUGAAAAGAGUGACAAAUUUCCUAAGAAAACAUAUAUGUUCGACGUUACAAAAUGUGACGAAAUUUUUGACUUACUAGUCAAAGAUGGUCAGAUGAUAAUACCUCCGGGUGCUAAAGUACCCCCUUCAGAGCAAAGAAAUAAAAGAGGGUUUUGCAAAUACCAUGGUUUUUUGGGUCAUAAAACGUCUCAAUGUUUUCUUUUCAGGGAUCUUGUGCAGAAUGCCAUCCAGGAAGGAAGACUCAAGUUCGGAGACAAAACACGAAGCCAGAUGAAGAUCGACUCCGAUCCUCUACAGGUAGCUAAGGCCCAUUAUACUGAGCCAGAGGAAGUGAACCUUAUUGAUGUCGCUGAUGAUUUCAACAUGGCUGAAGUCACUGAAGACUUCGUCAAUGGACCUAUUAUGGCUAGGGUUCAUGAGUACUUCGAGCAAGCGUCUUUUGAUGAUUUCGCUCAAAAGGCUGCAGGAGAUGUCAACAAGAAAAAUGUUGAAGCCCCUGAUGCUAAGGACGCUGAGAGUUUAAAGUUAAUGAUGAUUACUAAAGAAACUGCUGAUAAUUUCGUUCAGAUGGACAAGGCCAAUGAGGGCCUUCAAAAACCAUUUGAAAGGUUGAAUAUUAUUGAGGAUAUCCACAUGGAGGUCAAUAUGGUGGAGUUAUCUUAA